AUGGCUCCGCCAACCCCGCUAUCCGCCAUUCCCACCGUCGCACAGCUCUAUGCUGAAGGCUUCCUCGAACCCGCUUCGGAUCCCUCGCCCACUGCGACCGCACGCUACGCUUCCAAGCUCUCCAUCAUUUCCCAAGACAUCACCACCCUUGAUAUCGACGCCAUCGUCAACGCCGCCAACAACUCUCUCCUCGGUGGUGGUGGGGUGGACGGUGCCAUCCACCGCGCCGCCGGUCCCGACCUCUUUGACGAAUGCGAGACUCUCGAAGGCUGCGACACGGGAGAUGCUAAAAUCACCUCGGCGUAUGAGCUGCCCUGUAAGAGGAUCAUUCACGCUGUGGGGCCCGUCUACUACAGUGCUAAACGGGAGGGGAUGCACACGACUUUACUGCAGAGCUGCUACACGAGGAGCUUGGAUUUGGCGGUGCAGAAUGCAUGUCGGAGUAUCGCCUUCAGCGCGCUGAGCACGGGAAUCUAUGGAUAUCCGAGCAAAGAGGCAUGUGUUGCGGCGAUUGAGGCCGUCAAGGGCUGGCUGGAGGCGGAUGAGGAGCGCGCGAAGAAGAUGGAUCGCAUCGUGUUUUGUCAAUUCAUGGACAAGGAUCAGAGAGCGUACGAGGAGUUUAUUCCGCAAUACUUCACGCCUGUGACGCAGGAGGUGAAUGACCAGAAGGAAGACUCCACCAAGGAUGAGCAAAAUAUCGACAAGGAUGCUGCGAAGGAGAAUCCGGAGAAGACCACCGUGGAUGUUGCCGCGGAUAUUGAUACUACCACCAUCGCGGGUGCUGAUGCUACCACCAUCGCGGGUGCUGAUGCUACCACCACCGCGGAUGCUGAUGCUACCACCCAGAAAGAACUGCAGACAGACCCUAUCACUUCAACCAAGGAAGCAAGCGAAGCCGCUCCACCUCCACCCACCACCGACACCCUCCCUGACCUUCCCGACGUUCCCACCAAAGAGCCUGCUCUUCCUGGUGAGCCCGAGAAUAAGAAACCCAAGCUCAGCCAGUAA